AUGGCAUUUGGAAAUGACCUUGUGAGACAAGAGGAAGAGCUACAGACUAGACUAGGUAAAGCAGAUGCCAUUCGCUCCAAGCUGAUCUAUACAUUUUACCUGAUAGACCACCUGCAGGGGCUCAGCCAUGCAGUGCCACGGCACAACAUACAGGAUUUUCUAGACUCCAAAAAGCGAAAGAAGUUGAUGCUCAUGGACCACCACCAGCUGGUCCGCUUCAGCGUCAUGCCCACCAGGAACAUCAUGGUCUCCGAGGAAAAACGCUGGCACAACCGUAUUGAAGUGCGUUGCAGCCGCUGGCCACCUCUUAAGAUGUGGGCUUACUCAGUUCUGAACAGCCCAACAUUCAAGGGUUUUGUCAUCUUUCUCAUCUUCUUGAACAUGCUUGUCCUCAUGAUCUCGACGGAGAUAACGGGGAAGAAGGGAAAAGUCUUUGAGAAAAUAAGUGAAGCACUGGAGGUGAUAAUUUGGUUCAUUUUACAUGUCUUUAUGGUUGAGAUUGGGCUGCACUGGUUUGUGAACUUUCAGAAAUACUGGAAUAAUCCCUGGAAUGUCUUUGAUUUCACAGUGACCAUCAUCUCCUUUAUCCCAGAACUGUACUACAUGCUAGAGAGGCGCCACAUUAGGGCAAGUCACCGACUUCUGCAGGUGUGCCGUGUACUGCGUUGCCUAAAGCUCUUUCCCAGAGUCCGACAAGUCCGGGUCCUCAUCAUGGCUAUUGCCACAGCCCUGAAAGCAAUGGCCUUCAUCUUGGUUCUCCUCGCCUUCCUCUUCUACAUCUUUGCUGUGUCAGGCAUCUUCUUCUUCGAAAGUUACAGCCAUUCAGACAGGGCCGACCUUACCUUCAACAUGUAUUUCAUGGAUAUGCCCAAUGCUCUGGUGGCCAUCUUCAUUCUUUUCACCAUGGAUCACUGGUAUGCAUUGCUGCAGGACUCAUGGAAGGUCCCAGAGGUCAACAGGGUGAUCAGUGGUGUGUUCGUCUGUCUGUGGCUUCUAAUUGGGGCAUUUAUUUUUAGGAAUCUCUUUGUUGCCAUUAUGAUCACAAACUUCCAGAACAUUCGAAGUGAACUAAGUGAAGAGGUGAGACAGAUAGAGGCUCAGAAGCAAGCGGACAAAUUUAAAAUGGAGAUACUGGAAAGGAGAUAUAGCCAGAUUCGGACAGUUAUAAACAGAGACAGUACAUUACGGGAAAAGUUCAGCAUGGACAACCCAUUUUUUCUAAGUGCAGACCAUCAAGAUUACAGCUUCGAUGAAAUGCAUCCUGGAAUCUUAGACUGGGAGACAUACAUCCACAAGAACUUACCAGGACUCUAUGCUGCCGAUGAAGAUGAACAGGUGCUUUGGCCUCGUGACUCCCUCUUCCACUACUUUGAGUUAUUGGAGAACUUGCAGUACAACCUUGAUGAACGCAAACAACUGCAGCAAUAUAUAAUAUUGGCUCUUUCCAACCUUGAGGACAAGUAG